GCCAGACCCCGCUCCGCCCGCGCCCCGCUCGGCUCCCGAGGCUCCCGCAGCCCCGGCGUCGGCCCCGCUGCGCCCUCCCCGGGGGCCAUGGGGGCGCCCCCGGGCUACCGCCCCUCGGCGUGGGUGCAUCUCCUCCACCAGCUGCCCCGAGCCGACUUCCAGCUCCGCCCGGUGCCCAGCGGCUUCGCGCCCCGGGAGCAGGAGUACCAGCAGGCCCUGUUGCUGGUGGUGGCCUUGGCUGGCUUGGGCUUGGGCCUGAGCCUCAUUUUCAUCGCUGUCUACCUCAUCCGCUUCUGCUGCUGCCGGCUCCCAGAGCCCCCUGGGGCCAAGAGCCCCCCGCCUGGGGGAGGCUGUGUCACCUGGAGCUGCAUCGCGGCCCUUCUCGUCGGCUGCGCGGGCAUUGGCAUCGGUUUCUAUGGCAACAGCGAGACCAGUGAUGGGGUGUCCCAGCUCAGCUCGGCCCUACUGCAUGCCAACCACACGCUCAGCGCCAUUGACUACCUGGUUUCGGAGGUGGUGGAGAGACUGGGCGAGGCCGUGAGGUCGGAGCUGACCUCUCUGGAGGAGGUGCUAGCGCAGCGCACUGAGCUGGUGGCGGCUGCCCGGGGUGCUCGACGGCAGGCGGAGACCGUGGCCCAGCAACUCCAGGGGCUGGCCUUCUGGCGGGGCGUGCCCCUGAGCCCCACGCAAGUGGCCGAAGAUGUGUCCUUCGUGGAGGAGUAUAGGUGGCUGGCCUACGUCCUCCUGCUGUUGCUGGAGCUGCUGGUCUGUCUCUUCACGCUCCUGGGCCUGGCGAAGCAGAGCAAGUGGCUGGUGAUCGUGAUGACAGUGAUGAGUCUCCUUGUUCUUGUGCUAAGCUGGGGCUCCAUGGGCCUGGAGGCAGCCACAGCUGUGGGCCUCAGCGACUUCUGCUCCAGUCCAGACACCUACGUCCUGAACCUGACCCAGGAAGAGACUGGGCUUGGCUCAGACAUUCUCAACUAUUAUUUCCUCUGCAACCAGGCCGUGUCCAACCCCUUUCAACAGAGGCUGACGCUGUCCCAGCGAGCUCUGGCCAGCAUCCACUCGCAGCUGCAGGGCCUGGAGCGGGAGGCCGUUCCCCAGUUCCCGGCUGCGCAGAAGCCUCUGCUGUCCUUGGAGGAGACGCUGAACGUGACCGAAGGAAACUUCCACCAGCUCGUGGCCCUGCUGCACUGUCGCGGCCUGCACAAGGACUAUGGCGCCGCCCUGCGGGGGCUGUGUGAGGACGCUCUGGAGGGGCUGCUCUUCUUGCUGCUCUUCUCCCUCCUGUCUGCUGGGGCCCUGGCCACCGCCCUCUGCAGCCUGCCUCGGGCCUGGGCCCUCUUCCCACCCAGGAAUCCAAGCGCUUCGUGCAGUGGCAGUCAUCUAUCUGAGCCCCUUCUCCAGGCCAGACGGGCGGCGGCCCCCCCUCUCCGCUCCUUCCCUGGCUGCCGGAGAAGACCCCACUAACCCUGCCUGACGGGCGCCCACCAUUGCUAACAGCAGCCCUGGCCACGGACACCCCAAACCACUGCUCACUGUCCUGCCCCCUCAACAUGUCUGAGCCCUGGGAAGAAGGUGAGGGGGCGGGCCAGUCCCUGGCAGGGAGGGGGCAGCCACCAGCCCCAGGUCCCACCCCGAAGGGACACGACACUCUGCCUAGCAGCUUGGGGCGCUCUUAACUUGCUGCACUAACUUGGGAACGGGGUGAUUUGAAAUAAAAGGGAAGACUUUAUUUUACAAGCAGCUGGGCCCUUCUCAUUUCUCCCUCCCCAACUGGCCGCCCGGUUGGGGAGGCCCCUCCCUCAGCCCGUGGCUACCAGGUGCUUCUGCCCCUGUCCAGCUCUGCAGUGGUUCCAAAGGGCUUGUUCCUUUUUAAAAAAUAGGGAACAUUCCCCCACGUCUAAAAGUAGCGCAGGUGUCCCGACGCACCUGGGGCAGAACAGGCGGCCUCGCCGUCCCCAGCGUGCACGGCUCUGGCAGAGACAGCUUCUGGGAAGCGGGCAGUCUGGGCGGGGGCGCAGCUGAUGGGACUCGUUCUGCAUGGAGCGCACCCACCCACACGCGGACGGGACGAUCUGAGGGAGCACCCACCGAGGGCCAGGCUCUUCACAAGACAUUGGGAGCAUCUAUAUCGUGCGUCCUGGCCGGGAAGGGGAGGGUUAGGCAAGGCCUACUGACACCGGGAAGGUGACUUACUGGACAAACUGCAAUGAGAAAAACACCAUCGAGUCAAGAAGCAAACCAAUAGUCUGGAGAAAAUUGUUUUUGUUUUAUGAAAUACAGCAAAAGUGUGUUCUUCUUUAUACAUGAACACAUAAUCCUCAGUGAAAGAAACAAGAGGACUUGGAGAUAAGCAGGUGAGGUGAACAUCCCAACAGGAAAAUCCCAAACGCCAGGGAACAGAUGGUGUCAGAACUGCCACUGGAAGUUUCAGGAGACAGCAGGUCUGUGUCGCCCGCCCGGACUGCAUGGGGAGACCAGAGUGAGAAAGGCACCUGCCAACCUGGAAGGGCAGGGGCUCACAUUUGCUGCCCUGGACCUGCGGAGGCAGCCUGGCGGCCCAGCUCUCCUCCCAGGAUCAGACCCAGCUGUGGAGACCUUCGGAGCCGAAGACCUACUUCUGGGAACCUUAUCACAGAAGGAAAGCAGAUGGGGACAAGGAUGGGCGUUGGAGGCUGUUUGCUGUGACAAUCACCAAAACCUGUAUAGUCAGGCCUCAGAGAGAGGCCAGGUGGCAGGACGCCUGGAACACCUUGCCCCUGCCUAGGUUCUGGAUUGUAGGGAAAGGUGGGGAGAAAGGGACCGAGCUGGUAGUGACAGCAGGGGUGUGGCCAGCGCAGAGUUAAGGAGCCAGUGAGGUGAGUCCCUGGUGGGCCUGGCCCUGCUACUCUCACCUGGAUGGAUGGACAAGGAUGGCCACCACUGACGGCUAGACCAUGAACCCACCUCUACUCAGCAGGUGUUGCAGACGGCAACCUGUUCCUCCUCUGCAGCUGCGAAGUCCAGACAGCGCUGCUGGACCAAGAGUCUUGGCAACCUCAGGGCAGCAACACCUGGCGGGCCUGGUCUAUGUCAUCCUGCAUCCUUCCCCGCUGCAGGGGAUUUAGUUGCCCCCACAGAGACAUGCAGGGUUGCUUCCGUGGCCCUGCAGGUUGUGGUAAGUGUAGGCACUGCAAGCCACAUUGGAUCACAGGUGUAGGCAAAGCCAGGAGAGGAUCAGCUGGGCAGGAGCAGUGACUGGCACACAUAUUCACACCAGGCUUCGCCCAGUACCUGCUCCCUGAGCUGAGCCAGGAAAACCACCUCAUCCUAGGGACACUGGUGCUCAGAAGGGCCUCACGUCAGUGAUGGGGGAUAAUCAGGCCCCAUGCUGCACUGCUCCCACUGACAAACCUUAGAUGUGGAACCUAAAAGGGUUCCCCAAAAGAUAGUUCCCCAAAUAAUCAUAACUGCCUCCUAGAACAAAGCUCAAGGACAUUUGUAGAAUGCAGAACAACCAGCAACAGAGCAAGGUGAAACUCGCAACAUCUAUUAUGCAAUUGGGAAUUGUCAGGCAUGUGAAGAAGCAGGAAUGAAGAUAAAAAAUCAAUUCAUUGAAACUGAUACAGGUGGUAGAUUUAGCAGGUAAGAACACUAGCAGUCAUUACACCUGGCCCCCACUCAGAGCAAGAUGGAAGUUGUAAAAAAAUCCAAAUAUGACUUGUAGAAACUACCUUGUCUGAAAAUAAAAAUGCUCUGGAUGGAAUGAACAGCAGAUUUGACAUCACAAGAAGAAAGAUUCCUGAACGUGAAGACAUGCAAAUAAAAGAGAAAAAGAAAGAGUAAGAAAAGAGAAGCGAUUAAUGAGCUACAGGAUAACUUCCAGCAGCCUAAUAUAUGCGUGACAGGAGACCUCAGGAGAAAGAAAAGAAGGGACAGUAAAAAAUACCUGAAGAAACAAUAACUUGAAAAUUUUGAAAUUUGUUGAAAACUAUAAACGCACGGAGCCGAGGCCCUCCAUGCCCCAGCACAAGCGCCGUGAAAAGAAGCAGACCAGAGCACAUCUCUGCCAAAUGGCUCAAGAGAAAACCUUACAUUGAACAAAAAUGAGGAUAACAUGAGAGUUCUCCUCAGGGACCAUGCAGAUGAGAAAGACAGUGAAGCAACAUCCUUACAGCAGUGAAGGGGGAAAAAGGUGAACAUAGAAUUCUAGAUGCGGCAAAAGUAUCUUUCAAAAGUGAAGAUGAAACAGACUUUUCCAGACAUAGAAGCUGGAAGAAUCCACGUUUUGGGGUACAUUAAAGGAAGCACUUCAGAAAGAAAAAAAGAUACAGGAUGGACAUGAUUUCAACCACAGAGAAGUGAAAGGCCUGGAAUGGUAAAUCCCAUGUUAUUUCUAAAAUUUCUUUAGAAGAUAAUUGAGUAUUUUAACAAAAAAUAGUGAUCAUAGCAUAAAAGCUGGAAGAAGGGAAAUAGAAAUAUAUUUGUCUUGGUUAGUUUGAGCUGCUGUAACAGAAUAUCAAGGACGGGGUGGCUUAGAAAAAGCAGAAAACUUAUUCCUCACAGAUGUGGAGGCACUGGAAAUGUCGGUGUCUGAUGAGGCCUGUUUCUUGGUCCACAGAUGGUGCCUUCUCACUGUGCCUCCCCUCACAGGGGAGCUCUCUGGGGCCACUCAUCCGUUCAUGUGGGCUCCACCCUCUUGACCUACUCUGUCCCGAAGGUCCCACAUCCAAACAUCAUCAACUUAGGGUCCCUGUUGUAACAUAAAUUCGAGAGUGGCGAAACAACAUUUCUCCAGAGCAAUAAUGUUGUAGUGUUCUUACAUUGUACGUGGAGUGGUACAAUAUCAGUCAGUGGAAGGUAGACUGUGAUAGCCCCAAGAUGUGUACCGUGGAGCCAACAAAGGAGAGAGAAUGGCUUUGUAACAAAAGCGCCAAUCUCUGGAACAAACAGUGCUGGGACAACCUUGGUUCUGGAUGUCCACUUGCAAAAAAAAAAAAAAAGAGAAAGAAAAAGAAAAAAGAAUCAGACACAAUGCUUAUACCCUUUACAAAAUGUUAACUCAAAAUGGAUGACACGCCUAAAUUAAAAUGCAAAACUGGGCCUUCCUGGUGGUGCAGGAGUUAAAAGUCUCAGUGCUAUCAAGCUUUCACCAGCCGCUGUGGCCUGUGUUCGAUUCCUGGCCAGGAAGCUGACCCACAGGGCUCAGCAGACCUCACCUGUCUCCCCAUUGCUCCCCUCAGCAGUGUAUUUCAGUAGACCCACCUGUUCUGCUCCCCAGUCUGUCUCUGGUGAAUCCUCUCACAACCCCCCGCCCCGCCCCGCACCUCUGGCCUAUACCCCAAUUCUUAUAUGCACAAAUAAAUAAAUCUUAAAAAAAUAAAAUGCAAAGCUAUGAAAUUUCUAGAACAUAAGAGGAAACCCACAUGACCGUAGGUUUAGUGAUGAAGUUUUAGAUACCACACCAAAGGCAGGAAACAUGAAAAAAAUGUAUAAGCUGGGUUUCAUUGAGACCAUUAUGUCUGCUCUGCGAAACCUGUCAAGAGAAUAAGAAGACAAGUCACAGAAUGGGAGAAAAUACUUGAAAAAACUUUUGACAAAGGACUAUAAUAUGAAUACACAUGGAAUGCAACACUCAACAAUAAGAAAACAACCCAAUUAAAAAAUGAGUAAAAGAGCUGAACAGACACCUGACCAAAGCUAGAGAUGGCAAGUAAGCAUAUGCAGAUACUCCACAUGGUGUGUCAUCAGGAAGUAAACAUCACAAUGAGACACCAUGACACACCUCUGAGAAUGGCCAAAGUUCCCACUACUGACAACAUCAAAUGCUGGGAGAGAUGUGGAGCAACAGGAAUUCUCAUGGCUGCUGGAAAUACCAAAUGGUACAGCCAAAUGGGAGGACAGUUUUGUUGGUUUCUUCAAAAAACUAAACACAUUCCUACCAAACCAUCAGCAAGUAUGCUUCUUAUUAUUUACUCACAUGGGUUGAAAGCUUAUGUCCAACAAAAACCUGCACACAGAUGUUUAGAGGAGCUUUGUUCAAAACUUGGAGGCAACCAAGUUAUCCUUCAGGAGGUGAAUGGAUAAAACUGUGGUCACUUCAGACAAUGGAGUAUUACUCAGCAUUGAAAUGAGCAAUUGAGGCAUGAGAAGAGAUGGAGGAAACUUAAAUGCAUUUGACUAAGUGAAAGAAACCAAUCAGAAAAAGCCACACACUGUGUGAGUCUAAAUAUAUGACAUUCUGGAAAAGGCAAAAUGAUGGGGCCAGUAAAAAGACGGGUGGGAGGGGUGAGUAGGUGGAGCACAAUACUCUGGUGGUGACAAUACUCUGUAUGAUACUGUAACAGUGGAUUUGUAUUGUUACACACUUGUUAAGCCCACUGAUUGUACACCACCAAGAAUGUACCUGAAUGUAAACUGUGGAAUUGAGGGAUAAUGAUAUGUCAAUGUAGGUUCAUUAGUUGUGACAAAAGUAUCACUCUGGCGAGCAAUGUUGAUAGUCGGGGACACUGUGCCUGUGUGAAAAGUGAUAAGUAGGAAAUCUUGUACUUUUCCCUUCAAUUUGGCUGUGAACCUGAAACUUCUCUAAAAGAAAUAUUUUUUAAAAAUGCUCAAACCAAAAGAAGACAGGAAGAGAGGAACAAAGAUGGGACAAAGUAAAUGAAAAUCACAAGAAGGUAUGUUUAACCAUCACCAUACCUAUAAUCACAUUGAAAGCACAGUUACUCACGCCCUUUAGAAGGCAGAGAUUGUAUGCUUGGGUAAAAAAACAAGAUCCGACAAUAUGCUAGCUACAAGAAACCUGUCUUAAACAUAUAGUUUAAGGUGAAGGGAUGCCUAAGUACAGUGGGGGCCCAUGGCUAUGACUCUGACACAGAAACAAGACUUCAGGGGGGAAGGUGAUAAACUGAAAUAAAGUCUGGAGUUUAGUUACAAAUAUGGGCUGAUG